AUUGAGAAGGUUAUUCCUAAAGUGGAAAAGUGUUAAUUUAUUUCACAGUCAAGUUACAGUCGUUGAAUAACAAAUUAUACUCUAGAAAUGGCGUUCAAAGUAAUUAUUUUCUCUCUAUUACUAUUGUUUUGUUAUAUGAAAGCCGAAACUAAUUGUGGGGAUAAUGAGGUAUUAGACAAUUGUCCUACAAGUUGCGCGUCAGAGUACUGCCCCACGAAAGAAACUAAGCCCCAGGAAUGUCCAUUCCCCGAUCCGUGCCCCGAACCAGUCUGCCGAUGCCAAUUUAACUACCGCCGUGCUGUCAAUGGGACUUGUAUACCUAGUGCUCAUUGUCCACCAUUCCCAUGCACCGGGCGAAAUGAACAUUAUGUUGCUUGCCCACCGCUGUGUCCCAGUGAUGACUGCAGCCAGGCCACACCAACUGGAGACUGUCCAUCACCAUUUCCCAUCCUGAUAGUGGUCGCCUGCGCGCCUCAAUGCCGUUGUAUAGACCACUAUUGGCGGAAGAACGGAACCUGCGUACCCUACGCUCAGUGUUUUAAGGAAACUGCAAUAACAUGUGGAAGCAAUGAAAAUGAAGUCGAAUGUCUUCAGAAUUGUACAUUUGACUCCUGUCCUAAAAGUCAAGAUGAAACAAAUUUAUGCACGAAUAAUACGGGUAGCGAUUGCCAACCAGGAUGCAAAUGCGAUGUCAACUAUCGCAGAGCCGAGAAUGGAACCUGUAUACCAACUACAGAUUGUCCACCAUUUGCUUGUCCUGGACAAAACGAAUACUAUCACCCUUGUCCACCGGACUGCACCGAUGAUUAUGAUAGUAUAUCAUGCAACGGAACUUGCAAGAAUACGACCCUAAAUACACCAAACGAAUGUGUCCCUAAGUCUGCAAUAACAUGUGGAAGCAAUGAAAAUGAAGUCGAAUGUCUUCAGAAUUGUACAUUUGACUCCUGUCCUACAAGUCAAGAUGAAACAAAUGUAUGCACGAACAAUACGGGUAGCGAUUGCCAACCAGGAUGCAAAUGCGCUUUUAAUUAUCGCCUAGAUGAUAAUGGAAACUGUAUACCAACUACAGAUUGUCCACCAUUUGAUUGCCCUGGAGUAAAUGAACGCUACGACCCUUGUCCACCGUACUGCAGUGAUAAUUGUGGUAAUAUAAAAUCUGACGGAACAUGUAACAUUAUCGGGCACAUUGGAGUUAGACUAGAAUGUUUUCCCGACUCCUUGAAACGAGAACUAUACAGUGUAGUCAUUCAUUUGUUAUUUAUCCGACUACUCGCUAUGAAGCGUCUCGUAUUUUUAUGUUUAUGGAGUUUUUGUGUGAUAACAGUCAACUGUACAGAAAUAAGUUGUACUGGAGAACACGAAUACUAUGAAUGCGGCCCAGCUUGCCAAAACAUAUGCUCAGAGCUACACAUACAGAAUAAAACACACUGCCCCAUCGUAAAUAUAAAAUGUAAUGAUAUGUGUUACUGUGAUGAUGGCUAUGCAAGGGACAACAAUGGCAAAUGUAUCCCAAUAGAAGACUGUCCUGAAUCUCGCCGGCGUCGGUCUACAGACAAUGGAAUAGAAUGUGGACCUAAUGAAGUUCAAGUUGAUUGUCUGAAGAAUUGCACAUAUGAUUCAUGCCCCACUAGUGCAGAUAACAAAACUGUAGCUACAUGCACCGACAGUGAUAACUGCGUGCCAGGUUGCAAGUGUGCUUUUAACUAUCGCCGAGCCGCGAAUGGAACCUGCAUACCAACGAAGGCUUGUCCGCCAUUUGAUUGUCCUGGAGUAAAUGAACAUUAUGACCCUUGUCCACCGUAUUGCAGUGAUAACUGCUGGCGAAUAAAACCAGAUGGAUCCUGUAACAUAAUCGGCCGCAUUGGUGUUAGACUUCAAUGUUUUCCUAAAUGCCGAUGCCUUAGUGGAUACGGUAGAUUGAACGGAGUCUGCGUUCCUAAUGACGAGUGCAAGAAGUGCUGUGCGGGUCCUAACGAAUAUUACAAUGAAGAGAAACAGAGCUGUCCUCCAGAUACCUGCGAAGCACUUGUGGCUAGAUACGACUGCAGAAACUCACCACCUCCAGCACCGGGAUGUUCCUGUGAAUCAGGAUACCUGAGACUCAACCUGACUUCACCAUGCAUACCAAUCUGUGACUGUCCGCAAAUGCAAUAUUCCCCCGAUUGUCAAUCAUAUUUUUUAGAACCAACCAGAUGUGUAAGAGCCAAUGAAGAAUUAUCCUGCGUUAAAGGCUGUCCACCAGAAAAGACAUGCAGAAACAGAGGAAUACUAUUCAGUUGUUUUGAUGAUGGAAAAGAUUGCACCCCAAAAUGUGUUUGUAAGAAAGGGUUCUAUAGAAGCCCCAAUGGUGAUUGUUUAACAGAAAGUCAAUGUGACUUAUGUCCUGGAGAACAUGAAUACUACGCAUGUGGUGGAGCCUGCGACAAUGUAUGCUCCCAGUUACAUGUACAAAACAAAACAAAUUGCCCCAUUGUUAAUAUAAGAUGCAACGAUAAAUGCUACUGUGAUGAUGGUUAUGCAAGAGACAGUGAGAACAAAUGCAUACCAAUAGAGAAAUGUCAACCAAUUUGCGGCCCAAAUGAGGUAUUCAGUGAUUGCGCGAGGAGCUGCCCACCAGAAACAUGUUUUUCUAUAGUAGCGUUUUUCAGAUGUGACGCUAAUCAACCAUGCGAAAAGAGAUGUAUCUGUAAACCGGGUUUUCUACGCCUUAAAGACGGAACACCUUGUAUACCGACUCGACAAUGUCCACAACUUGCCAACUCACCCGAUUUCAAUUAAAAAUAUGUCUUUUAAAUAGAUUAAUGUCUAAAACCAUAUGAAAUAAUAGAUAAUAAAAAUAAAAUCUAGUGCUUUAUCUACAAUGUAAACGUCCGUAUACACUCUACAUA